UUCGCCCGCUUUGUAACUCUGAAUGAAGAUGAUGCUGACCAUUCAGUUUGCCCACGUAGCAGUUAUUCUGCUGCCCUGUUUCUGUCUGAUAUAUGCAGCAGGCAACAGCAACGAAAAAGUAAGUGAUAUCAACCCUUAUUCGUCAAGCUCACUCCUGUGCCAAAAUGUUGAAAAACUGAAAUUGUAAUUGUUAUCUAAUUUUAUUUUGUUUCACUUUAGACAGUAGCCUUCCCAGCUGUGGCGAAAUAAUCCGACUGUUUUUCUUUAUGAGAGUGACUAGCCUGUUACUGUUAUCGCGGCAGGUUUAACUCAGUCGGUAGAGCACUUGGCUGCCCCGAAAGCGGGAUGUCGUGGGUUGUUCGGGGUACCCUGUACCUCCACUGUAGAAGCCUAUUAUUAGUCUGGGUUUUCCCCUUACGGGCAGAUAGGCCUAGCAGAACCUUUGUGGAUCAUAAAGACAAUCACGUUUAUGAAACCUGAAAUUAACGUCAGCACGUUUGACCCUCCGGGGAAGGACGAUGAGUCCAACGAUUGCCCAACGAUGGCUUUCACGACCGUUUCACUGAUCUAUGCGUAAAACCAGCAGACACAAGCUCUAAUUUCGAACUAAUUCGUGUGAACAACUUUCAAGAAAACAGUUCAAAAACAAUGUUAAUCCAAGCGAUAAACAUUUUUUGUUAAGAUUCUUUCCAUAAUUGUUAAAGUGCUACUACGACGAAAAUUUUUGUUUUUGUUUCCGAGUUUUUUAACAUAAAUCUUUUGUAUAUGUUCAAAAUUAUACAAAUAGCGAAAAAUUGGAACGACACUUGCGUACGGGGGCUGGAAAUUUCCCACUGAAAAGUGCGUAAAUACCGUCCGCCAUUACAAAGUUCGCAAAGCAAUAGCCCGCGAGAUCUCUGCAAAGCGGUCGUGCGUUUGACCACGUGAUUUAUGCACUGUGACGUAGAAACAUCAACCAAAAGAUUCGCAUUUCAAGUGCCGUGAUCUUUCCGCAAUUGUCAAGACAAAGAAUUCGGGUGUUAUUACUUACAGUUGGGAAAUCAUAAGGGAUGUUAUAGCCUAGCUUUCUGCAAGAGUCAGUCCUGAUUAAAUUUCUGGUCGUUCAGUUUCCAUACAGUGACAAAUUACACAUUAACUGACGUUGCGGCCUUCUUCUGGCGAAAGUCGAAGUAAGAAGUAAAACUUGAGUUGCUAAUUUUUCCCUAAAUUUUACAUCACGUCGUCUCCAUUCCUGCUGCCUUUGAAUUAAAAAAUCGGCAGACUCACGACUUGAAAACUGGGCCUUUUUGUUUCAGCAAAGAUCAACCAAUAUUCCCUAUUUUUCUUAAGCCUCUUUUAUUGAUUGAAAUUUCCAGAGCUCUUCGUCAACCCAUUGUGGAAGUGGCAGUUGCUGCGUUCCAGGUAUCCCUGGCAUACCGGGUUCACCGGGACCUCAAGGAAAAAAUGGCCCAGCAGGUCCUCAAGGUCCCGCAGGUCGCGAAGGACCUGUGGGUCCUGCUGGUCCCAAGGGCGAUCAAGGAGCCAGAGGCAUCCAAGGUCCUCAAGGACCCUCAGGUGGUCUGCGCUGGAAGCAGUGUGUUUUCAAUCACCUCAAUGAUGGAAAGGACGCUGGAUUAAUCGCGGUAAAUUUAAAUUUAUUUGAUAUUUCGCCGGUUAAUACUGAGUCCUGACUGAAUUAUUGACCCCAACUAGUGAACAUCGCUUUUGGUUGCGAAAAAGAGCCCUUCAGAUUCUAAGACGAGUACGACUACGAGUACGAGAUUUUCUCAGUACUAAGUAGUGCACGCGCGUGAACCAGCGUCAUUUUGGCGGGAAAAUGUGGUAGCUGUCGUCACUCUGCUACGAGUUUUAGCGAGAAUGUCGAAGUGGCGGAAACAAGUUAUAUAUCCCGAUCAAAUGUUAGUAGUUUUAUCAUUUUGCGAUUGGGAGAGGGUAACCUCCUUCACUAAAGGUAACAGUGCUAACUUUUCUAGUCAAAAAUGGUAAAAUGAAGCUUUCCAGGGAGUCUAUAUUUUGAGAAUACGCAAAAAAGACUUUAAGUCAAAUCUGGUAUUCGUAGUCGUCCUCGUCCUUGAAUCUAAAGGUCUAUAAUAAGUUUUUUGCAUGAGCUCUCCCUCUGUGCGUAUUUACUGAUACCGCUUGCGCCCUAAAUUCCAGCAGUUCUAUUUUGAAUGAUCGAGGAGGUUAAUCUUUUUCUUCAUCUUUGUCGUAUUAGUUGGACGUAAGUGCAGGUUUUUAAGAGAGUCUCUUCUUUUCUUUGAAUACAAUUUUCAGUUACUAUAAAGUCUAAUAGCACAUGCCAAGAAUGAUGAGAUGGUUAAGGACGGUUCUUUUGGGUUUAAACGGUAACUCACCUCUUAACUUUUCCCUUCCAUUGAAAUUAUUUUCUGACGUUUUUAACCACCGAAGCCAUGAUUUUUAACAGGAGUAACAGGCUUCGAUAAACGCUGACUAAAAUCGCCCCUUUUACCUGCAGGUUUUGCUUUUUGAGACCUAGUGGUACAAUAUGAGUUUUUCCACGCAAUAUGUUUGGUGUAUAGUCAUAACAUUGCAUUCAGGUUAGAUGCUAUGACUUUUCGACAAACUUACUAUAGCUCUUCAUUUGCAUAUGCCAAGAGAGGUUCGUCGGAUCGGGGUUUGGGGUGGGGCGGGGGAAGCUAGGAUAAAUUCACAGUUAAAAAGUUUUGCUAAUGGCGGUUUUUCACGUUAUUCUUUCUUCAAAAAAUACCACAGCAAUGUAACUUCAAGAAGUCGUCAUCAACCACCAGCCUUCGUGUCUUCUGGAGUGGUGCACUUCGGAUCCAUAACUGCAACGGCUGCUGCAUGCGUUGGUUUUUCACGUUCAAUGAUGCGGAGUGUUCAGCUCCUCUGCCGAUCGAGGGUGUGGUCUACAUGGCCACAGGUGCACACCCACAUCCAGUUAAAGACUUGCACCGUGUUCGUCAUAUUGAGGGAGUCUGCAACAAGCACACCGCUGGAAACAUAAGGAUCGGCUUUCAUGUCGGCAAUUGCCGUGGAGUCAAAGGAGCUGAUGCGUUCACAGGUUGGAAUUCAGUAUCCCGGAUUUACGUAGAAGAGAUCCCGGCACCGCAGUCCUAAUUAUAGUUACAAAAGGCGGUCACCUAGAGUUAUCCGAGGUUGUAUUCGCCUGAAGUCAAAUUAUCUUCUUCAGCAAUAUUAUUUUGUUCUGCUGUAAACUGACAGGUUGUAACCUCUGAAAGAUUAAUAAAAGCAGCAUUUAUCCCGACA